AUGGUUGCUCCCUCCUUCACUGAAGACCCAGCAGUGUUAUCUCUUGCAGCCAUAGAGCUGAAUCAGGAUGGAGCCCAGGUGGUGAAGGAGCAGGCUGCCAAUGGCAAGCACAGUCAGAGUUGGGAGAGGCCCCAAGGACCUGGAUGCGGGCUGGAGAACACAGGCAACAGCUGCUACCUGAACGCAGCCCUGCAGUGCUUGACACACACACCACCACUUGCUGACUACAUGCUGUCCUGGGAGCACUCUCAGACCUGUUGUUCCCCUGAAGGCUGUAAGAUGUGUGCUAUGGAAGCUCAUGUGACCCAGAGCCUCCUCCACUCCGACUCGGGGGAUGUCAUGAGGCCCUCCCACAUCCUGACCUCUGCCUUCCACAAGCACAAGCAGGAAGACGCCCAUGAGUUUCUCAUGUUCACCUUGAAAACCAUGCAUGAAUCCUGCCUGCGGGGGUACGAAGAGUGGGACUCCCCCUCUAAGGACAGCUCCCUGAUUCCUGACAUCUUUGGAGGCCUGUGGAGAUCUCAGAUCAAGUGUCUCCACUGCCAGGGCACCUCGGAUUCCUAUGAUCCUUUCCUGGACAUUACCUUGGAUAUCAGCUCGGCUCAGAGUGUGAAGCAAGCCUUGGGGGAUAUAGUGAAGGCAGAAGAGCUGUGUGGGGACAACGCCUACAACUGUGGUAGGUGUACAGAGAAAAUGCCAGCUUUGAAGACUCUGAUGGUUUACAGUGCCCCAAAGGUUCUCCUGCUAGUAUUAAAUCGCUUCUCAGAUUUCAGGGGUGAGAAGUUGAAUAGAGAAGUAAGCUACCCAGAGUUCCUUGACCUGCAGCCAUACUUGUCUGAACCUACUGGAGUACCUUUACUUUAUGCCCUCUAUGCUGUCCUGGUCCAUGAUGGUGCAACUUGUAAUAGUGGACAUUACUAUUGUUGCAUCAAAGCCAGCGAUGGGGAGUGGUAUAAGAUGGAUGAUUCUAAGGUCACGAGGUGUGAUGUGACUUCUGUCCUGAGUGAGUCUGCCUAUGUGCUCUGCUAUAUGCAGCAGACUGACCUCAAACAGGUCAGUAUUGACAAGCCAGAGGACAGAGUACACGGAGUUCUUGGCCCUGAAGACCAGCUGAAGAAACUCCCACCAAGACAGGACAAGAAAAGCUCUUGCACAGAAGCUGUAGGAGAGCCCCAGGGAAACAGGGAGAAUACAGCAACCAAAGAAACCUCUUUAGGGGAGGAGAAAGUGACUCAGGAACAGAACCACCAGAAAUCUGGGCAGACACAGAGGGAUAAGGAACUCGAUCUGCCAGCCAAUGUAAAUGUCAGCCCAGAUACACAGCAAACUGGGCAGGAGUGCUCAAGACAAGAAGGGUCACCUGUGGCACAAUGCUGA